GGCGGUGACUUCAGCAUGUCCUCCGACCCGCCCCAGGCAUUACCCAUGCAGUUUUCAGCAGGGAACAUUCUUCUCCAGAACAAGAUGUGGCUCCUCCGUUCCGGGCUCAGACGUCACCUGUGCAGUGAGACGUCUCCUGCCUCUGGUCCAACGGGAGCUCCCACAUUCCUGCGCCUUGCUCUCCACCCAGGGCUCCUGGUCAUACCAGGCGCCCUUCCCCAGACUGAGCUCCUGCGCCCGGUGAACCAGUGCCGGCGCCGGUGGCCAGCGCAGGCGCCCCUGGCAACGCCUGCAGGCACCUCCCUAGACCCGUCACUCAUCUUAGGUCCCGGGAUAACUCAACCGUCGGGGACACCUGUUGAGCCAACGGGGACGGGGCACCGAGAUCGGCCUCUUCCCCAGCCGGAGCGCAGCGUUCGGGCACCGCGAUCAGCGCCCCCUCCGGGCCGGCCAUCGCUGGAGCCUGGUACCAGGAGGGCUACGGGGACAUUUCCGUCCCACACCGCUCCUGUGACUUUUGGUCAAGCGCCUUCCGAGCGUCAGGUGGCCCCGUCCAGCGGGAGCGGUCACCGAGCCCGGGAACCGCGGAGCCUGGGAAGGGGGCGUUCUGCAGAGGGGCCUCCGGCAGCUCGCUGGCACAGGAAGCCGCCGCGGGGACACCGUCCUAGGCCCCGGGCGCCGACGUGGACUCGGCGACAAACCUGGGAUCCAGCCUCAGGGGUAGCAGGACCCCCACUCUCGACACCGCUCGCUUCCCGAACUCAGCCGCAAAUCCUUCUCAGACUCCAGGUGCGACAAGUUCACCAGAUCCCAGCAUGCCUUCGGAGACACCCCAGCAGGUGCACCUGGCAGCUGGGCAGGCCCAGCACGGACUCCCCGCACCACCACGCGUCUCACCUGGAGGCUCUGACAAAUUCUCCAAAAAUCUUGCCAGAUAUUCUGAGGAAAAUUGGGAACACCCCGAUGGUCAGGAUCAACAAGAUCGGGAAGAGCGCUGGCCUCAAAUGCGAGCUCUUGGCCAAGUGUGAGUUCUUCAACGCGGGCGGGAGUGUGAAGGACCGCAUCAGCCUGCGCAUGAUUGAGGACGCCGAGCGCGAUGGGACCCUGAAACCCGGGGACACGAUCAUUGAGCCGACAUCUGGGAACACAGGGAUCGGGCUGGCGCUGGCUGCGGCCGUGAAGGGCUAUCGCUGCAUCAUCGUGAUGCCUGAGAAGAUGAGCAUGGAGAAGGUGGAUGUCCUGCGGGCCCUGGGGGCGGAGAUCGUGAGGACGCCCACCAACGCCAGGUUCGACUCCCCCGAGUCCCAUGUGGGUGUGGCGUGGCGGCUGAAGAACGAGAUCCCCAAUUCCCACAUCCUGGACCAGUACCGCAAUGCCAGCAACCCCCUGGCCCACUAUGAUGCCACCGCGGAGGAGAUCCUGCAGCAGUGUGAUGGGAAGCUGGACAUGCUGGUGGCUACUGUGGGCACGGGGGGCACGAUCACAGGCAUCGCCAGGAAGCUGAAGGAGAAGUGUCCUGGGUGCAGAAUCAUCGGGGUGGACCCGGAAGGGUCCAUCCUUGCGGAGCCCGAAGAGCUGAACCAGACAGACCAGACCUUCUACGAGGUGGAAGGGAUUGGCUACGACUUCAUCCCCACGGUGCUGGACAGGGCGGUGGUGGACAAGUGGUUCAAGAGCAACGACGAGGAGUCCUUCGCCUUUGCGCGCAUGCUGAUUGCACAGGAAGGACUGCUGUGUGGUGGCAGCUCCGGCAGCGCCAUGGCUGUGGCUGUGAAGGCGGCCCAGGAUCUGCAGGAGGGUCAGCGCUGUGUGGUCAUCCUGCCCGACUCCGUGCGGAACUACAUGUCCAAGUUCCUGAGUGACAAGUGGAUGCUGCAGAAGGGCUUUUUGAAGGAGGAGGACCUCUUGGUGAAGAGGCCGUGGUGGUGGCACCUGCGAGUUCAGGAGCUGAGCCUGUCGGCCCCGCUGACUGUGCUGCCCACCGUCACCUGUGAGCACACCAUCACCAUCCUCCGCGAGAAGGGCUUCGACCAGGCGCCUGUGGUUGAGGAGUCGGGGGCCAUCCUGGGGAUGGUGACUCUUGGCAACAUGCUGUCGUCCCUGCUUGCUGGGAAGGUGCAGCCGUCAGACCAAGUCUGCAAAGUCCUCUACAAGCAGUUCAAACCGAUCCGCCUGACGGACACGCUGGGCACCCUCUCGCACGUCCUGGAGAUUGACCACUUUGCCCUGGUGGUCCAUGAGCAGAUCCAGUCACGGGACCAGGCCUGGUCAGGAGUGGUGGGGGGGCCUGCAGACCACAGCAAUGGCGAGUCCAGCGAGCGGCAGAUGGUGUUUGGGGUUGUCACGGCCAUUGACCUGCUGAACUUCGUGGCAGCUCACGAGGAGGACGGGAAAUGAUCCUGCGAGUCCGCGCCUUGCUCCCACCCUCCCUCUGCUUUUCCAGAUGCUAAGCAGAUCCCCCUGGUCUGGACGAUUCAUAAAAGUGGAACUGCA